AGGAGGCGGGGCUGGUGGUCUCAGCUGACCAGAGGUAGUGUGAGUGUGUGUGUGCGUGCGUGUCUCUCUAGGCUGCCUCGCAUAACCCCACACCACAGCGCGCCUCCUCGCAGCAUCUACAGCAGAGGAGAAGCGGCCUUCAGAAGGGCUGAAGAAGCUGGCCAGUCCUGUGAGAGGCUUGGGCAGGGUGGUGGUGCAGGCCCGACGUGAGGCACCAUGGAGGUGGGGGAGGGGGAGGUCCUGGAGGGGUUCCUGUGUCCCGUGUGCCGCCAGGAUUGCUCCUCGGUGACCCGCCUCCAGGCACACUUUGAAGAGCGGCACAGUGCCGAGGACCACGUGGUGCUGCAGUCCUUCAAGGGUUUCCUCAACAAGGCUAAGAAGAAGUUUCUAAAUGAGGACGAGCCGGACGGAGGUUCCCUGCGCCCCAGAUCCCUACUCACUUCCCUGAGUCCCUCCCGUGGCUUUGAGGAUGAGGGGGACGCAUCACAGGAAUACCAGCCCAAUAAUCCCUGGAAUUGGGAUCCUCCACCACCAGGACCCUGGAGGAACCACACCAGUCACUUCAAGCGGGUGCGCAGUGCAAGGAUUGACUCAUUUGUGGCCGAGACCAACAAGCUUUUGAUUCGACUUGACAAGCUCCUCACAGACCUUCCCACAGACCCGGUCAAGAGGAAAGCCCAUGAACGUUCCAUUGUGAGCUGGGCCGAGGAUCAGGAUGUACCUCUAUGCCCCUUCUGUGCCCGCUCCUUCAGUCUGGCCCGGCGCCGUCACCACUGUCGCCUGUGUGGGGGCAUCAUGUGCCAGGAAUGCUCCCUCAUGCUCACCCUGCAGUAUGCCAAGAAGCUGGUAACCCCCAUCCACCAGGGUGGAGGCACAGAGGAACCCCCCACAGUGGCAGGGGGCAGUAGCAGUAGCAGCAGCAGUGGUGGCAUGGGGUCCCUGCUUGCCGGACUGAAGAGGUCAGGCUCCCAAGGCUCCCUCAACUCCAUCCUCUCUGUGGUGGACUCCAUGAAGACAGAGCAGCACUUCAGGGCAUGUGCACACUGCAUGGGGAGACUUGAUGCAAGAGACAACCAGGUAGAGCAGCGCACGUCCCGGCCCAUACUCACCAUGUACUACGAGAAGCUGAUGGAAUAUCGACACCAGAUGGAAGAUCUUCUGCCACAAUACAUGCGCAUGGCAGAGUCCCUCAGGUCUGGGGAAACCACGUACUCCCUGCGUGAUGCAGAAGAGGUGCGGGUCAAGCUCCUGAAGAAAGGCGACAGUCUCAAUUCCAUGGCCAGUCGGAUCAAGAAUCUCGGGGCCAAUGAGGAUGGCGGGGAACCUCCUGGACCCCGCCAGGAGCUGCUGCUACGUAGGAUCCAGUCCACUACAUCUGCCUUCCUCAAGGAGAAUGUCCUCACUCUCCCAAAGCUUCCAACACAACAGGAGCUGAAGGAACUGCAGGAGAGGAGAAGGAUGGAGGCUGAGGCACGUCUGGCAGCAGAGAAGGAAGCAGCAAGGCAGGCUGAGGCAAAGGCUGCAGAGAUACUGAGGAAGAGAGACAGAGACUCACCCCGCCCCAACCAUUCCCGCAGCUCUCCCCACCACCCUGUCCCGCCCACCCUCAGGAAACAGCCCACAGAAGAGGUUGUGGUAGACACUGGCUGGGGUGCAGACUCCUCAGCCCAUAAUGUGACCGAGACAGAUGACCCACUGAUCCAACAGAUGAACAUUAUCAGGAACUACAUUAAGCAGGCCAGGGAAUCCAGUCGCUAUGACAACAUUCCACUGCUGGAGGCCAACCUGAGGGAGCUGCAGGAGGAAUACAAGAAACAGCAGCGCCUUAUGAAUCCAUAGCACCACCUUCACCAUGGCUCCUCUUCCAACUCCUCUUCCUCCUCCUCUACCUCCUCUUCAUCCUCGUCAUCCUCUUCCUCAUCAUCUACAUCAUCAUCCUCUUCUUCCACCUCUUCUGCUUCCUCAUCGUCCUCAACCUCCUCCACUGCAUUCUGUUCCUCCUCCCUGUAAAAUACUCAUGCAGUCAGUCAUUGUAAAGUGACAGGACAGGGUACAACUUGGGAAUGCUUCAGGUUCUUUACAGGCUUCCAAGCAAGAAUGGAGCUAAUCUAGCAUUUCUUCCUCUAUCUCCUUCCCUUGCCACUGCUGUCACUUUCUCUUCCUCUCUCUCCUUUUUUGUGUACUGUUGAAAGGAGGUUAGUUCUCAUUGCAGAGCCUUUUUCAAGAAGGGGAAUUUUUGCUACUUUGCUACUUCUCCUCUACCAUAGAGGUACUAACUCAGUCAUUAAUGUUUGGGGAGCUUUUAGCUUGUGAUUACUGCGUGCAUAUGAAGAAAGGUGGAAGUGUGAAGUGUGUGUGUGUGUGUGUGUGUGUGUGUGUGUGUGUGUGUGUGUGUGUGUUGAUGCAGACAAGGACCAAAGACUUAUUCAGAAUCUUCUAAGCUAAUGGUCUAGCCUGAAGUUUGACACAGUUUGAGCUACAAAGGCAAUACCUUAAGGUAGUGGAAAGAGAUUUAUGACAAAAGUUUGGUGGUGAUGAAUUAAACCCUAACCUGAAAAGGUGAGGCAACUUGCCUCCUGGCCACACUGCAAACCUGUGGCAUCUGUCCCAUGAUGAACAAUACAAGUUGCUUUUGUUUGACCUUGCUGUUCAAACUGAGUGUAAUAACACAUUAUCAGAAAAAUGUCUUUGAAGUGUUUUGGUGUCAGCCUUGCCAGUUACUGAUUGUACUGAAGUGUUUUGAUAAACAUUCCAAGAUUGAUGACUAAGCCAAGUGUCUCCGCCGUGAAUGGUACACCAUUGUGUCCGUCUGCUUCCUGCACCAGCUACUAACUCAAGCAUGAUGGUUAACUUUCUCUUACUUAUUACUCUCUGCUCAAUAAACCUCACACAGGAACAAAGCUAAUGUACCUAAGUGUUUAAAGCAAAAGACAAAACUUUAAGCUUACUAUUUCACUGGAUUCAUCAUCAUUUAUAACCUUAAGAGAAUCAUUGAUUUUGUGACUCUUAAUAUACACAUCCAUCCCAGGGUUGUGUGACCAACAUAUUUGUACAGUCAUCCCCAUCAUUCAUCCAUUACACAUAGAGAAUCAGUUAAGUCACCACACAUACUAACAGACAAACAUUUGCAUCCUACUGACAUGUACUACCUUUCACUGGCUAAGGGAUUUGUGUAGUAUUAAUUGAACACUUGCGGGAAAACAGUUGUGUUGUGGGGAGGCAAUGGUUGGGCCUUGUGUCAGCUAAGGGACAGGUGGAGGUGUGCCUGGGCUGCUGGGCUGCUGGGCUGGGCCUCCUCAGGCUGCUUGUUGUGAGGACUGAUACCACUUUUGUUGCUGGUCCUUUUUUUUUUUAUUUAUUUGUUUAUUUAUUAUAGUUAUUAUUAUUAUUAUUAUUAUUAUUAUUAUUAUUAUUAUUAUUAUUAUUAUUAUUAUUAUCAUUAUUAUUAUAAUUUAUUUUUACCAGUUUUCCUAAAUUGUUUUCUUUUCAUUCUUCUGUAUUUUUCAUUUUCUGUUGUUUACUCUUAUUUUUCUUUUUUUUUUAUUAUUUAUUUAUUUAUUUAUUUUUUUUUUUUGUAAGUUCUCAUCUUUUCUUCACCUUUCUUGUAAUCUUAGAGUGGCCAAGCAGCAAGAAAGUAAGAUAAGACCUCCCUGACAUGUAAGGCAUAAACUAAAACUAGCAACCAUUUUUUAUCACCAUGUCAGAUGCAGUUGUUUUAAAUUAUACAUAGGCACAGUAUGUUUGUUAUUAUUUGUAUGGUGCAUGUAUAUAGUGUAUGUACUAUUAGCAAAUGUUAUGUCUUCAAAUUCUGCAAAAAAGAGUACUACUUUGGGAGUCUGUCUGUUUAUUCAGAGAUUACUAGCAUGCUAUACAUAGAAUGCAGAGUAGUGGGGGACCAGCUGCUUCUCAUACAGUAGCUGCUCACUUCAUGCUGACAGGAUGAUACAAAAGUGGUGCAAAGUCCAUUAGGAGAAUUAAACAUUUUAGGAAAGUCACAUUUCCUGAUUUUUACAAGAGAUGACAAGGAAUUUCAAACAGCAAGACUCUAAACUGUUAGGUCUUUACUAAGCUGUUUUAUUUUCCACUUUACAUUGACUCUAUUCAUAUGUAAGAGAAAACUACAGUGUAAUAUAAAAGACAGGUGUGAUUUACAGCCACCAUUGUUUAUGGGGCCUCCUGGGCUGUUUGACUUCACUACAUCACACUACACGAACUAUAUCAUGAGUGGAAUGUUAACUGGUGUAUAAAAGAAGAGUAAAGUGCAGUGUAUAGAUGUUAUUCUUAGUGUGAGGUGUGAAACUGGACUGUUGGAUUAUAUUGCACUGCUCUCCACAAGUAAUACUAUCAGAGAAAAGUUUAUUACCAUAUCAAAAGAGAGAAAAUAUAACUUACAUGUACUGUCAUUUAUUGGACAUUGUAAGUGGUCGGUGUGUUACCAUGGUAUGUGUACGUGGUGCAGGUGGAGGCACAGUGCUAGCCAUCCAUGUGUGUCUCAUAUAAGUCCAGUGGUGAUUGGCCCUUCAUGUAUUGAAUAGUUACCCCACACUUGUGAUUUAUGAUUCCAUAGCCAGUAGUCACACAACAUUUCAGCAUACCCAUAGAAAAUUGUAUAGGUUAUAAUUUAGACAUUAAUUUUAUGGUGAUUUAUCAUAGUUUUGUAUCUCAUAAUAGUUUUUGAUACUGAAAAUUAACAUUCAUGUAGCACUGAAUAUUAUGUGUAAUGAUGUUAUCUUAACUUUAUUCAUAUACGUAUUCCUUUACCUGCUAUGGUGUGUGUUGUCAGGGCAGAGGAUUUUACUUAUUGCUGUUCACCCCUGCAUGCUGUAUUCCUCACACUCUCCCACCAGUCCUGUUGCCCAACACACUGCCCCAUUCUACAGCAUACCACACUGUCACACCCACAUCUGCAGCUAUCCUACUUAUUGAUAUCCUUUGCAUCACCUUGUUCACUUUAUCUUGGGAACUAAAACAUCUCUGAGUGUUACUUUUUACCACACCCUCCUCCUUUGUUGUGUUUUUCUUAUAUACAACAAUAAACCUAUCUUUAUAUUUUUACCUUUUUUUUUUUCACUACUCAUUUCUUCCUCUUCCUUCCAUAUUGGGUUGGUCCUCACUAUAUGCUGUAUCUCCAAGUGGUACAUUUUAUUUAUUGCCUUCACUCUCACUACUCAUUCUUUCCUAAUUACUUCUAAGGCUGGUUUCUCUGCAGCGUCAGUAGUAUGUUCUAUUCCUUGAGUCCUCCACCAGUUUUGUGUUUCUCUUACCUCACCUCACCUGAGUCGGUGUCUGCCCUCAGAGCUUCAGCAUCCCACACUCUGCCUCCUCUCCAUUGGUUCCAUGUAGUUACUAGUGCAGUAGGGUAUCUAUGUAAGUUAGGAAUGGGCUGGACUGUAUCCUUUACAAGCCUGAAUCACAAGUCUGCUUGUUACCAGUUCCUGAAGUACAAGUUCCAUCAUUUUACUGUAUUCCAUACCUUGGGUUUAGUUGGUCAGCUUGUGCUAUUUCCAUUUAGUUUUAGAAAGAAUAAAUGCAAUAUAUGAGGACUGAUGAGGAACAGGUAGUGAUCACAGCAGGCAUACAGUGCCUACAAUGCACUAGUGAUGGGCUUAUAAAGAAAGGCCACUGGCAAGGAGUCAGUUAACUACCUUGUCACAGUUAACUAUGCACACUUGUACUGAGGAGGUGAAUGAGCAGCUACUGUAUUUUCUCGUGGAAGAAAUGACAGACUUGGUUAGCAUUUGUUAAAGUAGUCCAGUGAAACUAUAUAUAUGUAGUGUAAUUGUGAUUAGGAUGCAGAGUCUUUCAUAUAUUGAGCUUUCUGAUUACUUGAGAAAUUAAGCAAAUCUUUACAAAGUUAUUUUAAUUAAGACAAAGGUAUCUGCACCAUAGAAUUUAAUGAAAACUUCAAUUUGUCUGUUUAAUAUUUUAUGAUAAAUCUGAAAUUUUACUCUUGUACAGAGUUUUGGAAAUCAUAAUUAUGUAGUUGUUAUUUGAUUGGGAAAGUUUUGGUAUUCAUUGUCAGACUUGUUAUGACUCAGAUGAUGUAUCCAGUAUUUCCAUUACCACAGUAGUGCCCCACAGGUGUCCUAGAGUGAGGCAAGGUGCAUGCUGGGAGGAUGUUGUGCUGCACUGAUGUAGUCUUUGGGGACACACCAUCAAACCUUGAUGCAUACUAAACUUUCAUGUCUGGUACUAACUUCAGUGGGAUUUGCUUGCUUAUCAAUAUUUAAGUCUGAGUGAAGAAGUAAUACAUUUUAUGCCUCUUAAGGUCUUUUUUUUUUUUUUCUUUUCUUUUCUUUGAAAAUACUCUGGAACUCAUUUGUCUUGCAAGACAGAAGUUGUGAGUUUGGGGACAAGUUAAGCUUGUCUCUCACAGCAAUAGUUAUACCUUUAUUUAACAGUCACAGGUAUUUGUAAUAGCAUAAGACAUUGUUUGAAUAAUGCAAUAAUGUGCUGUACAUGCAUGGCUCACAUAUUGGCAUAUACAAUGUUGCUUUGGCACAAACAGAAUCUGAAACUGACCUACAUGGUAGUCAUCUUCACACAAAUCUAUUUUCAAUUUAUUACAGUAUGGCACUCAGUGUCACAGACUGUGGUGCAGUAAUUUUAUCCCCGCUGAACACUCAGACAUGGUGACAGUGUUAUUGAUGAUACCUCCAUGUGCCAAGUGAUCUGUGUAUUGUAGUCUUAUUUUAAAACAUGCAGCAGAAUUGCCUUUUAUUCUUACUAGAAGCAUUAUUUAUUUGCAUAAUACUAGAUUAUAUAGAUAGAAUGUAAUUUAGUAUCUUGUAUAUCAAUAGUAUGAACACAAAGUCACUGUUGCACAUUUUAAAACAAGAUGGAAAUGCCCAGGACAGUCAGAGUGACUGAGCAUCAGCUGGUGACAUUUUUAUCAUGUUCAUGUAUCUUCAGCUGACAACAUUACUGUACUAGAGUCUGCAAUACCAAGUAUGAUAGUGACUGAUAAACAGUAUUAAUUAGAGAUAUGAGUCUAAGGUAAAGUUUAGUUUGUGUCAGUCUUAAUAGUUCUGUGUGCCAAAACAAAUUUUGUGUCAGCAUUAUUUUCUCCAAAGUCAAGUGUUCCAUGAUGUGGUGUCGUCCAAGGCAUGAAGUGUGGCAGUCUUCCCAGAAUUGUGCUGUGCUAACUCCAUUGACUGUGUGUUAUGAAACUUGACUUAGGGAGUUUUGCCCAAGUGUUGCAGUCUCUUCCAUACUGAGUCUGGACAUUGUGGUUAGUUGCUGUUGAAUGUGUUGGUAAAGAAUGUAACCAAGGACUUCUAAAGAGGUGCUGUGACCACCUCCCUGAGAUUUGGUUACUUCCAGAAGGGAGAGUAUUAGUGAAAUCCGUCUUGAUUAAGUAAGCUACUGAAGUCUGUGAUACCCAAUGAGAGAAUGUCUGCUGUAGUUGAAUAAUACGAGUAGAAGCAUGGGUCCUUCUCUUAUCCAGUUCUUUUGUCAGCUCAUCUGGAGUUUUAGACAUGGCAAAGUUCAAAGUCUGCCAUUUCCUUCAAAUAAUAGGCUUUCUCAUCUGUAUGGUCUAAAAUAUAUGACAUGUUCCAUAAGUUUAAGAAUAGGAAAUGGUUUGAGAGAAAAUGGUUAUAAUUGUUGUCAUAUUUAGUGUAUGUAGAAAGCUGUCCCUGCAUCGAUGACACUCGGCUGUCUUCAACAGCUUUAUUGAGAGCAUGUGUAACGUAUCCAAAGGUCUGAGAUUAAGGAUAUUAUUCCUGUUGGUUUGUGAACAGGAAUGUUGGGUCUCCUGUGCAGUCCAUUUCAGAAAUUCUGUUGGUUUUCUUGUUGCAGUGAAUGGGUACAUCCUUGUAUCAUCUUGAUUGGCAGAAAAUUAACAUACUUUACCAGUCUUAUACCAUAGCCCAGCAAAUAAAGCUCAUGAUUAUUAA